AUGACCUUCCUCUUCGAGCAAUUGCUGGCCAGCCUACAGUCCUGCGGUGGCGUCUUCAGAUUGAUUUUCUUCGAUGCUUUCAAGCCCGUCUUCGAAGCGAGUUUCGAGAGCUCGCUGUGGGCCUUCCGAGAGGCCUUCCUCAAUCACUGCCGAGCCAAUCGUGUGGACCAUGCGGUCUUUUCUCAUUGGUAUGCGCCAGAGUGGAAGGAACACAUCAUGACCUGGAGGCCAUCGUUUUUCCUCUUGGCCGAUGACUCCUUGGCAUCGUUGGGUGAGAAAGAUGACGAUGAGGAGGAGGAGGAUGAGGAUGAUGUCAAGAAGAAGGGCAGCUUUCAAGCUUUGAUGUUGAGGUGCCUAUCCUACCGCGUCCAUGUCGCCUUGCUGCAUGGAUUGCAACGCCGUGGCAAUCGUGUGAUGGCUUUCACGGUGGAGCCGGACAAUCACGACUCCUUCAUCGACUUUAACGUACAGGGUGCCCUACAACCACUCCUCGAAGAGGAGGAGGAGGAAGAGGAAGAGGAAAAGGACGACAUUCUCGCAGCUCUCAAGGCCUUUCAAAAGCGUGCAGGGGACAAGGUGCCGCCUGACGCGAUGCUCCGCUGCUUCCUGCUCUGCCGCUUCGCCAAGAACACCCUGGCACUCGUUGAGGCUGAAAAGGGUGCAAUGUCCGACUUGUUGAAGCUCGCAGUGCGGGUGAUGCUGAUCCAGGAGAUGCUUCUGCGCUAUGUGCCCUUGGACAAGCGCGCGUUCACCACUGUGGAGUUCAAUGACUGGGGGCUCUUUUCGGAAUACCUCGGACCGAUCCUCCAAAACAAGUUCUAUCCCUUUUUGGCAGAGGAGCUUGGUCGCUUGAACAAGUUGGACAUCCCAGAGGGCGUGCAAUUGGAAUCCUGUGACAUCUUCGAUGGCCGACUCUAUGGACAUGUCUUGCAGUUCGUGGUCGGUGUCGCCUUGAAGAGCAAGAAGAGUGAGGUCAAGGCGGAUGCCUUCAAGUUCGGAGACUAUGUGGAUGACGAGCUGAAGCAUUUGUGGACCGAGACAUCUUCCAAAGAGAAGUUCUUUCCCAUGAAGUUGGCGGAACUGAAGGACCUCGAGGGCUUGGAACCUCCGAAGCUUCCGGCGAUCCUAGCAGCGCGGAAGAAACCGGUGCUGCAUCAGAUGAAGUCAGAACUCAUGUCCGCCAUUUGGCAGGAGGAAUUUAAUUUCCAAGUCACAGAGGAGGAGGUGGAGGAAAAACCACAGCUUCUCUUCGAUAGGUAUCAGUGGAAGGAGGAAGUCCGCAUCGACGCUGUCCUCGAGGCACAGCACAUCGAAAGGAGCGCAGCACAAAAGGCUUGGGACGAAAAGAUGAGGUUGAGAGGCAAGAUCACUGACAAGGACCGAGAGUGGCAAAGAAAGAAGGAAGAUGAGAGACGUCAAAGGGCGCUGAGGCAUUUGCACGGCUACGCCAAGUCAUUGACAGGAUCCGAUGCGCUGCAUCAUCCCAUCAUCAAAGUGAAGAGUGAGAUGGCCCCGGAGGAGUUGCAACCCCGAGAAGAGAAGAUCAGCAAAAAGCAGCAGGAGAUCAUUGACAAGAACAAUGCCAAAAAAGAAGAGGAAAAACAGGCCCUUUCGGAGAACUGUGAUGAAAUCGGUGGCGCCCCCGUCGGUGCGUCGGGGCCCCCGUGA